AUGAAGGCAAAUGAGAAAACCGAUACAGAAUCCAGUGAUGACAAUCAGAGUGUGCAAAGAAGAAAAAAGCAUCACGAUGAUGAAUCUGCAGAUGGUGUAAUCAUAGGUAAAGAGCCGCUUCCUAUUUUCCUGAACGGCACAGAUCUGACAAUGAAUAAACUCUUAGUACUUUUAUUCGUAGCGGUGUGUUGUGGAGUGGUCUUAGGGCAGCAAUCACAGCAAUGCCUACCACCACGCUAUCCUCCAUACGGUUGUGUGGAGACAUUAACGACCGUUCCCGCGGCACCUGCGGAUAUCAACACAUUGCUACACUUGAUAUCUCUGAUUAAUAAAAUCGAAAACGGCGACAAGAACAAUCUUGCCAGUACAGAGGGAAUUAUUACCAGAUUGAUUGACGCUCUCAUUAUGGUUAUAACCAGAAAUAAAGGUACUUCUAAUGGCAGGGAUCUGCUCAAUGUAGACCUUGGAGGUAACGAGCUUCUAAGUAUAUGGCUUCUAUAA